AUGAGCCAACAUGUUGCAGAAGCCCUGCAGAGGGUGCCAGCAUCCGAUGUAGCCGUCCAUCGAGUGCCAAUCGAUGCAGCACCAGUUUUUCUUAGUGUGGCCGAAGAUGCGGCCAUGGUCUUCUGUGGUUGCUUUGCACGCGAAAAGGAACCUGCUGCACAGUCAGUCUGCUCCGUGAGCAAAGGCCGGCACCAGGGAGGACUUGUUGUUCCUGAUGUGGAUACACGCAUUCGGUUUGUGCCCGCGAUGCCAUGUCGUGUUCGCCGUGUCGAGUGCAGCCUGGACGUGUAUCUUCGAUCAUAG